GAAAGUAUAAAAGCCGGUCUAUCCUCCUACUUAGUACUGUGAUUCUAUAGGUAGGUAUCUAUCAAAACAUCCUUCAUCAAUACAAGGCAGACGAAAAAGUACCUAUAUACGCCACAAUGGGUCGGGCGAUCAAGUACUAUCAUGUAGGGGAUAUGGAACCCUGGGAGGCUAUUGACUGGGAGACCAUCAAAUCCUUCCUUUGGGCUGGAUAUGAUACUCGCUGGACUGGAGGCAAAACGCGAGCCGAGGAGUGCAUCGACGAGGGAGUCUAUGGAGAUAUCCUUGCAAUAUUCGAGUCCUUUCCACACCUCAUCUGGAGCUUGAUGCAAGAUGGAAAAAUUGCCGUGACUGACAACAUGCCAUACCCUCGCCCACCAGACCUAAAGCAAGUCCAUAACAGUCUCUUCAUGUCCCUACAAGCGUAUGGUGGACAUAUCGGAGAGAAUUUCCCACAGAGAAUGGAAGCAUGGCAACAGGUUGAGAACUGUCUUGAAGGAAAUGGUUUCAACAAGACCAAGAAUCAGAACAUGAUCUGCAAUGCCGUUUAUGACGCUCUAACCAAAUUUGUCAGCAAAACCUGGAACAGUUCUAAUGCCUUGGUCAUUGCAAAAGCACACGGCGAUAUGCGUUAUAAUUCUGAGAAUGGGGGCUUCAGUAAGCGAGACAGCGCAACCAUUCCAGCCCUAGAAUUUUCACCGCAGAUGUGGCUGGUGGAUUUCGACUCAGCAGACACCGAAGCACAAAGGACUGAGAAAACGCAACGAGGAAUUAGGGCUAUUUUCAAGUUGGCCACGGCAGAAACCCCCUCUCAACCGCUAUCUCAGUGGUCUGAACUCGAAAUUCCAUAUUACUUACCCAACGGGGGGACCGUGAAGCUGCAAAAGGCAGUGGAACUUGGAGGCAUGGUAUCCUUCCAGUCUUUCUCUUGGGACUGGCUUCCGUCAAAGACAGGAGACAACACAAGCCUUAACCUACUCAAUAGCGCCGGUGAUUAUCUACUUCGCAUAUCUCUUAGGCAGGGUGAGAAUGCGAUUGUUCUUAACAGCGGAUAUGCUGAUGGUCCCUGGGGCCCAGAGGAACGUAUUGAGUCGAGAGACACCUUUGUGGCGUCGAACUUUGGUGUCUCUAUUCUUCACCACAAAGAGGAGUAUGAACUACUUUUUAGCUAUCACCCCACCGUGUACUACAAGAAGAGGAUUCCCGGGGUUAUCUCCAGUGUCUCGUACACUUCCAACGAUGGCUACUCUCCAUUAGCGGGAGCACUAAUCGUUUCAGUGUUUGAUACGAUGGAACAGUUGACCCAGACUAACUACCUUGCCAACUGCGAAAUUCCAGGAGGGGAGUACGGAAGGUCAAACACAUCUGCCAUCACAACGCAGCCUACGUUUAAACGUGGUGCGAAUUUUACCCCAGUACCCGACAAGAAGAGAAAGAAUAACCUCGGCUUCGAAUACGCCGAGCAUUCCUAUCUGGGAGACGCCAUCAUCUUGACUCUUUCUAAUGGAAAUACUGUGAUAGGUAAAGAUCAUCCUUUCACCCUGGAAAAUGGGUUGACUGUUACUUACGGUCAAAUUAAUGGUCUGGCUGGCGACUUCUACGGCACCUAUGACCCGAUUAGCGACGGCGCUAAUGACACGGAGAAAGCUGACCGCUUUAUGAAAGCGUAUAACACUCUUGCUGCUAGAUCUUCACGUCAACCGGCAGAGGCUAUCGAGAUUCUUAGUAUCCUCAAGAGAGAAAUCGAUGCUGUUAAUAACGCCCUGGCCCAUAAUCAAGAUCCGUCGGUGGCUUACAAUAACCUUCCUGAUGAGACCAUGGCAUUCCAGGAACGGACACUCUUUCGCUCCAAUAUACCAAGCUACCUCGGCCUUGCUCGCAUAAAUUGGGAUCACUUUGGCGUGGAUGCCCGUACCGCGUAUAACGUAGGCCACUCUGUAGCCCUCGAUAUCGCUGUCUCUGGAGAUCUGGAAAAGGCUUAUACCCUAAACGCCUUCGCCGAUCAUUUCUUGGAAGAUUCAUUCUCUGCGGGUCAUCUUCGCACUCCCCGACGCUAUUUGCAUUCGAGUAGUUGGUUUUGGCCGGCCCCCGAUUACUGUGCUAAACUAAUGCACGACGAGGACAAUGCUAUUGGUCUCUCGGUUAAGAACCCAAAAGGCGAAACUUGGACGGCUUACGGCGACAAGCGGUGCUUGGUUUGGGAGAAUGAGGAGAACAAGAAACGCUGUCUAAGGUCCUUACAGGUGUCAGCCAGAGAAAUCUAUAGCGCCUGGAGUAGCAAGACCAAGCCCAGCAAACCCAACUACGGAGCAUGGGUGCACGCACCAACACUUGAGUCCGCCCGAGGCGAGCAGACCCUGGCUCCGCUUAUUAAAGAUGAGAAGCGGCGUACCGAGAUAAAGAACCGUCGCAGCUGGGACUUCACCGCAAACUGGACAUUUCUCGGUACGGUUCUCAAGUGCUAUUAUGACGGGUGGUGGAACUACCCCAUCACCAUUGACGGGCCCACUGGGGCUCUAAAAGGCAGCGACGUCACUGCUUGUAACAAGGGCUAAUAUAAGGGCUUGGAAUAGUGUUCUGAAAUCAAUGUAAUGAUUCUAUAGGGUCCUAAGGUCCGUAGUCCUCUCUUCUUCUUUUCGACG